UCCGAAUGAAUAUUACAGUUUACUUUUUUCCGUGCAUUUAAUUGAUACGUUUUAAAUAAAUAAUUUAAUGUUAAACAGUACACAUAUAUGUUUUUGUCUAUGCGUAAAUGGAAAUGCGCUUACGUAUACACAAACACAUAGAUGAAUAAUAGAACAUAAGAGUAAGUGAAGAAACAAUAUUUUACUCUGACCCAAGUAGAGGGGAGUCAUGUAACAUUUUUAGUAUGGAGGGUAGAGUUAGACGGAGAGACCUCUACCCUCCAUAAUUUGUAGAUAAUCCAAGAGAGAGAGAGAGUAAGGGCCCAAGAAAAUAGGAAAAUGGUUGAACAUAGUUUCCCCCAUUUAGUGAAAAUAAGUAAUCCCCUAAAAAUUGAUGCCUUUACGAUUUUCAACAAAAAUUUCUCUUUUUGUCCUGACGUCCUAGUGAUAAUAUCGUAAAAAGUUUUUCUAAGUUUCAAUAAUACUACGUGUGAGAUUUAAAAUAGAUUGUUGUGAAGCUUACGUACAUAAUAAAUUGAAACAGUUACAGAAAUGGUGAAAUUUACAUCCAAGUUCGUAAGCAAAAUUGCAUGCCUUCAGCACGAGCCUAGGUAUGCUCUACUCUCGUCUAAAAAUGAAAAAAAGGGGUUCCGUCCGAGUUUUUUUGGACUACAAUGGCAGGGAAUUUCAUUCAAAAAAGAUAAGAACAACGGUCUAAUACUCUCAGACAAAUAUAUCCCUAUGGAAUUAAUUGAAAUAUUGUUUUGCUACCUGGACCACAAAUCACUGCAGAUCUGUCAACUGGUCUGCCGAAAGUGGAAGAAUUUGAUCCGCGAGUAUAUUUACUCAAAGAAGGUCGAGAUCAUAUCCGGUCAGUCUUUGCACUACUUGGGCAGCCUUAAGAUUCCCUGGGAACAAUACUACAAGAUUUACAAGAAGAAUCCGUUCGAACAAAACUUGAUGAUGAAUCAAAAAGAGGCCCAAUUGUUGCGUAUUAUGGAUUAUAGUAGUAAUAACAAUUCCGGUCCUUACGACAGAAAAGCCAGGAAAUGUGUCAUUAAUCUUUUCAAGGAAGGAUUGCCUACUUUUUUUAUGGAUUAUUUUCAACCAACCAUAGAAGUUCAACAAUCGUACAAAUUCAGGUGGAAUUCUUUAACUGUUUAUAAUUGCACUGUGACAUUAAUUGGUAACUAUGAAAUAAUAGCAGUCUAUAAAUUUAUAGAUAAACUUGAAGACGAUCAUAAUAAACAAAAUAAAUGGUUUCAUUUCACUCAUAAUUUUAAAAACUACGGACCUGGUGUGAAAAAUAUAAUAAUCGAGCACAGCUGUGACUUUUAUUCAUUUGGGAAGAACUUCCGUGAAAGCAUGGUGAAGGAACCUUCUGUCAUAAUAAAAGCGAAACGAAAACCCGCUAGCGGUUUUGCGGUUUUCCCGGAAAAUUAAAAUUUAGUAUAGAGUUCGACUCCUAGGUCAUUAAGUUAAAUUAAAACUUAAUUAAUAAUCUUGUCGAC